AUGCCCACCACAACAUCAACUUCGCGAUCGAGCCGCCACUCGCGGAGUUCAACCUUUAGCGAUGUGAGCGCUGUAAAUGUUGCGGGGCCACCAGAUAUCGCCAACACCAACACCGCCGUCAAUGCCAACGCCAAAACAAAAGUAAAGGCCACCGUUUUAUACGAAGACGCCGACGCCGACGCCGAUGCCGACCAUCUCGAGCCACUUGUCGACCUUACCCAAGCCAUACCGUUACACUCGAAAAAGACCGACCGAAGGCAAAAGAGACGCGAGAAGGAAAAGGCGAAACGGGCCUCUACGGUGCCGCCCAGAGGCAUGCUCGACCUCCCCUACGAGCUCCUAUAUUCGAUCAUCACCCUCCUCGAACCCAGAGAGCUGUUUAUCCUCUGCCGUGUCAACAAGUCACUUCGAGACUUCAUCCUGUCCCAAGAACACCUCAUCACUCGCGAUAUCAUAGCUUGGCGCUAUUCCUCUCUCGCCAAGUGCUUCCGCCUUCCUGUCCUGGCCCAGGAUCUCGACGAAAACGCCCACCGUGCACUCAACGAAGCCUAUGGCGAUGCCCUCAGCCCUAGAAGAGUCAAUGCAAACUAUAAACACGUCCAAUCCCCUGACCCUAGCCUUGUUUGCUUCUGCUAUACCUGUCGUCUUCGAUGGAUCUUCCUCUGUAUCAUUGUCGAUUUCGCCCACUGGCAGGAUCACUUGGACAGCGGCGUGCAAAUUCCCACCAUCCCCCGUGGUGCCGACCCAGAUUGGAACAAGAAACUCGUCGCGGAGCACGCCCAAGUGGUUGUUAAGGCCCUUCACAGCCAGCUGUGGUAUGUGAGGUUACUGCAAGCGCAUUUGGCGUCCAUCACCCGGUCCAUUCGCCGAAACACUGCCAAUCAAGGCAACAGACGAUCCCGUUUCCGCAUGACGCCCUCCGAUGCCGCCAGCGGUACCGAUACAUUUCUCGACCGAAGUGGCCCUCCCACAGUCGACUUCCCCUACAACCGCGACAACUAUGACAUGCUCGAGGCAUUCAUGCCAUCGCGAAGUUGGAUCAAGGACGAGCAGAAGUGGGUGUAUGUGCCUGCGGAUCAGCACGAACGAGAACUUCGCCUGCUUGAGCGUCAAAGACUAGAAUCGCCGCCAUCGACUGCCGUGUCCCAAACGCCUGGUGCACCUGUCCGGAUAUCAAUGAUUUUCUGA